CGCAUUUUCGCGACGCCAUCGGGAGACUGCGGGUUGGUUUUCACCGCCCUUCUCCCCGAUGAAGAUUCUCAUCGUGAAUGGGUUUGCCAAUGCCAAUCAUGAGCGAUAUCUUCACUUCAAGCACCUGGUCAUGCAAGCCCUACGUUCCAUCGAAAAGCUCGACGUCACAGGCAUCACGAUUGUGGAAAAACAUCGCAGUGGCCUUGCCGACUACAUCUUUGAACUCCACACAGACAACGCCGAUCCUGCAGCCAUUACACGGUUCGACGGACUCGACUUUGUCUUUCUCGACGGCGAUUGCACCAUCCCUCCGUGGCAUCCAGGCUACAAGAAGGUGUGCACCCUCGUCAAAAUGUGCAUGAUGACUGGGAAGUGUCUCUUUGGCGCCAACUUUGCAGCGUCUGUCUUGGCGUAUUUGUGCUCGACGGGAGGGGAAAUGAUCCAUGCCCUCAACGGGAAUGGCCGCGGCGCCCCGUUGAAGAAUGUCCAGUCGAUUCCGGCCCCCGUCGACGACGACUUCCUGCCGCAUGCCGUGAUCUUGGACAGCGACACUGGGGAUUACUACACGUACAAUGCUGGCCGACUGGAAUGGGAGCCCAAAGGCAACACGGGUUUGGUGGUCCACUCCAGCGAUCGCGAUCGAGAUUUCGGGGCCCGGCCCAACUCUGCGAGGGCCGGCACACGCCGUCGCGACGGCAAGCUCGAUUCAACAUGCUGUCGCUUGGCCGACUUGAAGUGCUGCGGCCGAUUGGAGAUGCAACACCACGUUUACCUCAACGGUCUUCGCCACGGGCAAUUCAUUGUCAACUGCGCGAGCAAGUGGGACUUGGAUGAGCGCAUCACGAGCACGAGUGGAAACAAAUACACGGUGUUUGUCGACAGCCCGCGCGGUCCGCUCCUCAUCGAGUUUGGCAACGCCCUCUGCGCACACUUUUCCAUCGCCCACGACUACCCCGAAACAACCGUGAUCCUUCAGAACUUUGUCGAGUCCAAAUUUGAACAGAUCAAGCUGCACGAGCACGUGGACCGGAGCUACAUGUCGUCGGUGUCCGGGAUGGUCGCGACGACCGGAGGAUCCGGGCCUCCGAAACACAUCGCAAGCUUGUCUGCAAACUUUGAGCCGUCGAUCCCACCGCCCAAGUUGGAUGGAACGGUCAAAGGCAAAAACUCCCCGAAAAAGUGCCGCCCGCUGUCCGCCGCGUCGACCGUCCUUAAACCAAAGAUCAGGCCUCACUCCGCAACGCCAACCAUGCUGUCGAAGCACGUUCAUACGAAACGAGUGGCCGCCUCGGACGACGUGGAUGGCUCCGACAACCAAAGGGAAGUUCACGUCACACCAUCCCAUGACUUGGUCGACUGCAAGAAUCCCGCGACGAUGCCGGCGGCAAUCUCGACCACAAAGUUCGACCCAACCGUAGCGGAGGACGCGUUUAGGCCGCCCAAAGCAAAAGGCACGGUCAAACUUUGCCGAGUCGGCGACCCCCACAAGCCAUACUGUGCCUACCAUCGCUUUCAAAAGAUGGGGCAGCCUGGGGGUGGUGCAUACUACUCCGUCGUGAACGACGCGCCGUAUGUGGGGCCAUUUGAAAAACGCGUUGUCGAAGGCGAGAAAAGCAAGCUGCGGUGGAUGGCGGGCCCGUUUCGAACCACGUUUGGGAAAGCGUCAACGCACGUUCACCCGGCAGAAGGGAUUCUGGGGGGCAAGUACCCCUACGACGUUCGCAAUAUUCCUGCACAUGUCCUCGAGCCAGCACGUAAUCACGACCACCCCAAGCCAAAGCCCAAGAUCAAACCUAAGCGAAUAAUAUCAUGACGGUACCCGUGCCUUGGUCAG